AUGCGAGGUUAUUACCGAAUCGAUCUAUCAUCAAGGCUUAAUUCGCAAGUUUUUCAGCAAAGUCGUGAAGGCGUCUGUGAAAUUUUCCCUAAAGUACCAAUGUAUAUGGCAAGUUAUCCUCGCGAAAUCGAACGAGAAACUCACCAAUUUUUCAGCAUCACAGGCUCCGUCGAUUUUCAGCGUGGGAAUAUACUUAGUGACAGGAAUUCUGUGAUUCCUGAUGAACUAUGA